UAGUCCCAGGCCAAAACAAGGAUGUAGCUAAAGAUGAAACUUGUUCGGGGUGCAGUUUGCGCACUACAGUAGAUCUUCAUGCUGGAAAGCAAGAUAACAAUCUGUUGAGAACAUAAAUGAGGACAAAGACGCUCUGUCAGAGAUGGUUCUGUUCCUUUUCCUGCUGAUCUCAUUGGUGCCACUAGGGGGCAGCACCUCACCAAUCACCUGCUACAAUGACAAUGGAGAUGCAGUUGAUUGGUUCUAUAUGUACAAACUGCCUAAAGAACAUAGCGGAAGAUCUUCCACAGAGGGUGAAAUGUACUUACUUUUGGACAAAGGGAGUGAAGGAUGGACUGAGGGGAAGGGGACAGUGAACGACACCGCGGGAGCCUUGGGCAGGACAGUCGGACAGCUGUACUCGCAAGGACAGAACACAGAGGUAGCAUACAUCCUCUACAAUGACCAGAGGCCACCCGAGGACUUUGGUGACAGAUGGUUCAACGACAGUGGAAGCAGAGGGGGGCACACGAAAGGUGUUGUGCUGCUGGAUAAGAAUCAGGGCUUCUGGUUGGUCCACAGCACCCCUCACUUCCCGCCUGUACAACAGGCAGGAGAGUAUUAUUACCCCAGCAGCGGUGUGACCAAUGGACAAAACUUCAUCUGUGUCACCUACCCGCUCGACCGCUUCCAGACCAUCGGAGAGCAGCUGCAGAUCAAUCAGCCUAAUGUGUACGACUGCGAUGUCCCUGAGUCCUUGGCGACCCUGGUGCCUGCGCUGGCUGCUGUCUGUAAGAAAAAACAUCUGUCCGGUCACAUCUUUCCACAUGCCAAACCUGUAUCCAAUCGCAGCGUGACUUUGACCUCAAAGGACGGAACCAACUUUAUCAGUUUUGCCAAAGGAGCCUCUUUUGACAAUGACCUCUACCACUCCUGGGUGGCCCCGACCCUCCAGUCAGAUCUCCUGGUCCAGUUCUGGAUUCGCUCCACAGGCAUCCUCCCCUCCGACUGCUCGCUGGGCUGGAAGGUCCUGGACAUCACACUCAUCCACCCGGGGCAGGCGUUCACUUUCAAGGCCAGCCAGGACCACUCCAAGUGGGCCGUCAGCCCCAAGGCGGCCAGAGAGGGGCUCGCUGGAGGAGGAGGAGGCUGGGUGUGUGUAGGAGACAUAAACCGGAACGAGGCGGAGGAGAAGCGAGGGGGAGGCACGGUGUGUCUGCAGGAUCCGGUGGUGUGGAAGGCUUACCGGACGGCAGCGUUAGAGUGUGAGGCUUGUGGAGGAGGAACCAUCCAGUGCUAAUGACCUGCUGGAACCAGACAGGUCAGUUGGGCUAGGACCAGUAUGGUGCAUCUCAUGUGGGUUUUUAAGAGGAAUAUUUAACAUUUUGGAUGAUGUUUAUAUUUCUUUUAAUGUCUAGUGAAAUCUAAUUGAAAUGAUCCAGUUAACAUUUUAAAAUUCAGAUGAUCUUCUCUACAACUAUGUACUUCCAUGAUUGUUUUCAAUGACGCAUUGAUUUCCUUUAUACGUGUGGAGAGCUGAAGUCGUGACAUUACGUCUGGGCUAGCUUCUGUAACUCAGUGCAAUCUCUCAUUCAACAUUUCUUUAAUCGGUACUUGUGAAAAAUGAAGCUUAUUUCUGGGAUUUUCUCCACUACAGCAGCUGCUAUGAGAAAAUAAAACCUUUGUGACUGUAAGUAAGUUAAACGAUUAAACUACAAGCGCAGCAGCACCGCUACUUACAUCGUAAUCAUCAUCAUUGUCAGUUGGUUUCUAUAUUCAACACUCUCUUAGAAUAUUAUGUUUCAGUUUUAUAAUUGUAAUCUCUACUGUCUAAAAACUCCUACAGACAUGUCAUAACUAACCUCGAUCCCUUGACUUGCUGAUGGACUCAUGGAUAGCUCAGGGAAAUGGUGUCCUUUAAAGGCAGCUAAAAAUAUAAAUAUCGAUCAAUGAUAUAAAAUCAUAGUAAAUGAUGACACCAUUCUAAUUUAAACACACAUGAAGUGAAGGCUGGAUUUUUAGUUGUGAGUAUAAUUACAAAUAUCAUUAGGAUUUUAAAUCUGGAAGUUACCGUUUCUCUUCAGCUCUCUGUAACACUGCAUUUUGCACAAUAUACUGUAAGAGCAAAUGCUGUUUGAAUUAAGAUUACUCAUUUCUCAAUAACAUUAAGAUUACUAUUAAGAGUUACACACUUAAAUACUGCUUCAGCAGGGCUGUGUGUGUGUGGUUUGAUUAGAUUUGAUUGACAAUAACAACAUCUAACUGACUGGUGUCCAGAGGUUUGUAGCAACACCUUUCUCCUGCCCACUUCAAACCUGUGGGAAGAGCACAGAGAUAAACACAAAAGUCUCAUGUAAAAUAACCAAAACUAAUCCAACUUCAGCAGAAGAUAGCGUGUUCGUGUCGGACCCCAUUACUCACAAUAAAAAGCUGAUUGAGAAAAUAUGUUUUCAGGGCUUUAAGGCACAAAAAACCAUUUUACUUGUUGAGAAUGAUUUUUGGCUGUUAUAAAGGGGCUGCUACAUCCUCCCCUGAAUUUAAUGCAUACAGAACAAUGCUGGAGGAGGACAAGUAGUCAGAUAUAAUGGAAAGCAGAGGAGCUUGUGGGAAAUAUGAUGUUCAUCUUGGAAAAAAACACAAAAACCUCAAAGUGCCUCGUUAAAUGAAAGCAUUGGUUCAAGUGUCUUUACAGCCGCUGGGUACUGUUUUAACUGAAACUGAGGAGACAAUGUUGCAGAGUGAAUGAGUGCUGCUUCACUGACUCUGACUUUUUCUGUUUAAAUCAACAUUAGCUGGUUUGUGGGUUCGUUCUCAGGGGGAGCAUUAAGCUUUGCUUGUUGAAACCGUAUGAAAAUGGAUUUUAUGGGAUUUUAAAUUUUAUGAACAAUGUGGGAUGAAUUGCACUAACAUUGAGCACAUGCACACAUUUCACUGACAAUGUCAAAUCACAAACACUGACAACAUCCAGGUGUGAGGAAUGCUUUAAUACUUUGUGUUUAAUGAAUGUUUGUAUUAUUAACUGGGUUGGUACGAGCAUCUUCGUGUUUCAGAUGUGCUUUUUCUGACAUAUCCAGAAAUAUUUUUUGUUAUAUCCCUUAGAUUUCAUACUUGUAACACAUUUUCACGUACAUUCAUUCUGAUCUUGAUUUUGCUUGAAGAUAAAGAUGCUGGCUGUCUUGAAUCUGAAUAAAAAGACUAAAACAGA